AUGACAGAAGAAAUUUAUUCACCAGCCACUCAAACGAAACUUCCGUUACAAGGUGUUGUAAUUUUUGUUAGUCAACAAUUAGUAUCGAGUAGAAUAGUUCUACAUCAACAAUGUACAGAACUUGGCGGAAAAUUUGUUUGGAUAUUCGAUGUACCAUUUACACAUUAUAUUUGUCAAGGUAAAUUAAGUAAAAGAGGAAAAGAAUAUAGGAAAGCUGAAGAAUACAAAGCAUCAUGUGUACAUCCCGCAUGGCUUAAAACUUGUUAUAAAUUUGGACAACGUGUAGCUGAAAAAUUAUAUGCUACUACUUAUGAUCCAAAUCGAUCUUUGGUUUUUAUUUCUAACGGCGAUGAUAAUGAUAGUGACGAAGAAAACCAUAAUCCCUCUUUAGCAACAAUGAAAACUACCUCAUCGAUGAAGACGAUUCAAACUUCUCGUAUUAUUCCAAUUAUUAACAAGAAGAAAAACACUUCUAUUAUUAAACCUACUCCUACCAUUCAAAUUUCACCACCGAAAGUUAUUCAAUCUCUUCCAAAACCAUCAUCACAAAUUUCUAAUGAAGCCGAAACAAUGCUCAAUGAUCUUGAAUCCUCUUUAGCACAAUUUCUCAAUAAUAAUAAUAGUAACAGUACUGCAUCCAUAUCUCGUUCUUCAAUAACUGACGAUGAACAAAAUAAAAAAUCACUUCAAAUAAUUCGAUCUAUCAGUAAUAUGAAUAAUAAUGGUUAUCACAAUGUUCCAAAUAUCGAACCAUCGAUGCGUGUCGAAUGGCUCGACGAUGCGAUGCAAGCUGAACGUAAAAAAAUGAUAGACGAAGAUGAACACGGUGUUAGCAGUCAACCAAAAUCGCAAUAUGUAGAAACAAAACUUGGACUCAAACGGCCUCUAGUCGACAUAAAUUCACAUCAAUCUUUUAAUUCCAAAAAAUUUCGAACUUAA